UUGACGUAGUUAGGGGGCAUUGUUUGAAGAGCAGGGGGGUGCGUGCCACAGUUGUCUAGAUUUAAACUCGCCGAGAAUUUUCUUUAGCCAUAAUUCAAGUCUAAUUACUAGCAACACUUGAAUUUACGUUUAUCAAAUAAUUAUAUAUAGCGGCCAUGUAUUAGCAACAUAGACACGUACGAGUUUGUGUUGUAACAAAGCUGAAGUUGGACAGCUAACGUUAGCUAGCGCUACUUCCUCCAUCAGACUAGAAAUGAGUUGUUAAUGUUCGCUAUAAUUUAUAAUUGAGCCAACAUCAGUCUUUUUCGUUAUGUAAGUAGUUAGUUAGUUCAAGUAAAGCACAAGUUUUGCGUAAACUCGCCAUUGUGAGAAUAUUCAGGCUAACGUUACUGCUGUAGCUAGUUAGCACCAGAUGAGGAAAGAGAACUGAAUUGUCAGGCGGUUAAACAUUUUUGACGUUAAUAUUUUUUUAUUCACCAUAAACUGGUGUUUUAGAUUAAUACUUAGCACAGCAAGCAUAUCGUUUAAUGUAGUUGGCUAGCUUUAUGUAGUGUUUUUUUCACGUGUAACUAAGAUUGGUCUAGCAGGAAGUAUAGUAACCUUAAGAGAAUAGCUUGGUAGAAAAUGGAGUAAAGCAGCUACAGUAGUCCAUCCAUUGAAAGCAAAAGUAACGUUAACUUGUUAUCCCUUUGGAUGCUAGCUUUAUAAAUCGGGAACCCCACAUCUCAUUUGUUUCAGGUUGUGGCAAAAAACAAAAACAUUUCUCAAAUAACUUUGUAUAGACCGCUAGCAAGUUAUGACAAUCCCUUUAUGUUGAAAACUAACGUAGCUGGCUAGUUUGCUGCUAGCUUUCGACCGAAUGCUGCUACCGAUUGCAUAGCUUUCUAGACAGCUUGCUAGCGUGUCACUUUCCCAAUUGCAUCCUAAAGAUGUCGAACGCCAUAAACGAAGGUCUGUUCUUGAUAAAAGACGUGAAGGCUGGAUCGAAAAAUUUAAAUAUCGUAUUCAUUGUUUUGGAAAUAGGAAGGGUAACCAAGACGAAGGAUGGCCAUGAGGUGCGUUCCUGCAAGGUAGCGGACAAGAGCGGAAGCAUCGCCAUCUCUGUCUGGGAUGAGCUGGGCAGCCUCAUUCAGCCUGGGGACAUUAUCCGGCUGACCAGAGGCUAUGCCUCCAUGUGGAAGGGCUGCCUGACCCUGUACACUGGAAGAGGUGGAGACCUGCAGAAGAUCGGAGAGUUUUGCAUGGUGUAUUCCGAAGUGCCUAACUUCAGUGAGCCCAACCCAGAUCUGCUAGCCCAGAACAACCAGCAGAACAAGACUGGCAAAUCGGAUCAGAGGGGGAAUUCUCCGCCUAAUCAGAAUUCAGGUACACCUGCUCAGUCAGGUAACGGUGCCAUGAUACCAUUUGUCAACAACAGUUCUCCCUCCACUCCUCGUGACCCUGUCUUUGGGGGUGUGGGGCGGACUAACGGCCGUUCCCCUGGCAGCGCAGCUCCUCCAAUGUCCGCUGUGGGACCUCCCAGUGCCCCCAAGCCUUCGGUCACUAUUAGCAAUGGCAGGGACCCCCGGCGUGCCAAGAGAUGAAACUGGCAUUAGGGACAUCUUUCUCCCGACCUCUUAACCCCACCCCCUCACUCUCUCCUUUCCAUCUACCUUUUGAACAAGCCAAACCUGGCAUUCACAACAUUAUCACUGAAAAAGACUAGUUUCUGAUCUGCAGCUUAUACUGGUUAACCUAGGUGAUGUUGUCUUUCUCUAGUUGAGCUAAUCUUUGUUGGUUAUGCUGUCAAUUGCAUAAAGCACCUCACUGAAUAAUUGUGACCUAAACAUGAACACAGUAGCAGGACUUGCAAAGCUCUGGACAUAAAGUAAGUUUACCCACUUCCACCACCAUAAUUGCCAAUUUUGUGCCAAUGUUAUUGACAACUCUCCCUGUGCCUCCCUCUCGCCCAUCUUGUUGGCUGAAACUAUACACCCUACUUGACCACUAGAUGCACUUUCUUCUCUUUAAGUCAAAGUGAAUGCAUCACUAAUUUGAUUAACAGAUUACUGCUGAUGGGGAAAGCCUUACGUAGGCGAAACAACUUUUUGUACAGAAUUAACUAACAAAACCCCCCUUGGAAGGAUCACAACUCCCUUCUCAACCAAAACAUAUCAAAAGUGACUGAAAAGAAAGGUGAUAGUUUGAUUUUUAACGGUAGGUCAAUUAGAUUUAGUUGAGUGGCUACAGUUUUCUUGAAGACUAGUUUAUUUGCUGUCCAGUUAUGAACAAUACAUUUGUUAGGUGGGAACACUUAAGAGGUUCACCCAAAUAUAUUUUACUGACAUUUUGAUUUCUGUUUCAUCUCUGAGAUAGAUGGUGAAGUAGCUAAUGAGUGCAAUAAAUAAUAUUGUCACAUUUAACUCUAGCUAUGUUCCUCAUUCUGUCAAACAACUUUAAUCAAGACUUUAAUCAAGAUACAUUUAAUCUGUUUUAUCACAUGAACACAUUUCCAAUGAAAGACAGCGUUUCUGAUAUGUCAAAACUAGCCAUAAGGCUAAUAUCCUUAACUUUAAUCGAUAGUCCUGAGGCUUAUUCAGUAGGAGGAAAUAUUUACCUUGUUGCAUGUCUACCCUGUGGGGCGGUUUCCCAGACAGGUUAAACGUAGUCUAGGACCAAAAAUUAUACUCAAUGGAGAUUCCAAAUGGGAAGUAUUUUAGUCUAGGACUAGGCUUAAUCUCUGUCCAGGAAACUGUCCCUAUAUGUCUAUCUGAAACACUUAAAAUGUUGAAACCUAUUGAAUAACCUCCACGGAUCACCCAACUGCCCUCAAGUAGAGAGACAUCUUGAAGAUCUGUCAUGUGGUGUUUAUUUAUAUACCACCAUUAUACAGUGCCCAUCCACUCAAGUUCUUGGCAUGCCUUGCGCAGGAAACUCUUUCAAUGAAGGGCCAAGAGUCUGCUGUUUUUUGUUAAGACCUAGUCAACCAGGUGAGAGGAGUGCCUUACUAAUCAGUGACCAUAUUUGAUCAAGAGCAAAAAGCACAGACACUCGGCCCUGUGUGGAAUGAGUUUGACACGUGCCUUACUGGGAUAAUUUGGGCUGCUGCUUAAAAAAACAAACAAGUAGUGCUUUUUUGGUAGUCGUCUGUGCCAUAUUGUACCCUUCAAUUAGAUUGUUAUGAUCAAAGUUUAUAAUCCAUGCUUUGCAAUCUUAUUUCCCAAGUCCAGUUGGAAUGACCUCAUUGUUUCAUAGUGCAGUUUUGGCAAUAGUCUGAACUAAACAAAGCCUUCAGAAGGCCUACAUAUGUUCAAGUAAUUUAUAAGCAGAUAUAUAAAAAUGCAUUCCAAAUGUGUUAACCAUUAAGUAUGUUUGCUUCUAGCCACAAUAACAGAAGCUCAUUCAGAGAUCUAGACACUUGUUAAGAGACAAGUCCCAUAUGAGUUAUUCUGGCCCAUUGAAUAUGGUUAGUUAAUAUUGUGAGAAAAGAUGCAGUAUGAUGACAAUUUGUACUUUCCUUAUUUUACCCCAGUGGUCUGUUUUGAAACUUAUUUUGUAAACAUGCAUUGCAAGAGACUAAACACACAUGGCCUCAUAUCCUAUGUUUCACAAAGCACCUCUGACCACAGACAGGGAAGGCUUUGGCCUAUGAGAAUUUUUCCUGCACUCACUGAUAGGCACUGUCACGUUUCUCAAAAGAAAAAUGGCUUCAGGCUAUUCUGGAUAUUAAUUAACAUUUGUAAAAAUAAAAUGGUUAUCUACUCUUUGAUAUUCCAAAAUAGGGCUCGUUUCCCAGACUCAGAUAAAGCCUAUUCCUUUACCAAAAAGCACUUUUUAAAUGAAGACUCAUUGAGCAUGCAUUUUUGCUCACGACUAGGCUUAAUCUGUGUCUGGAAACUGGCUCAUAUAAAAAUAAGCAAUGGAAUACAGUGAGUGCUUACUCAGUUGUUGGGUAUGUGAGCUUUAUAGUUUGAAAUGUAUAAAAUAUUUCCUAGACAAAUUGUUGAUUGAAUAAAUAUACAGUGCAUCAGACACUUUGACAGAGGACAACAGCACAAUAUUUUUGUAAUAUGUCUUUGGUAUGUUAUGAAAUGUGCUCCUAAAAGUGAGUGUGCAUGUGUUUCUUUUGUACAUGUAUGAACUAAAUCCUGGGUGGUAAAAGUUGAUCACAAUGCAAGUGGAAGUGUGGAGAUACAGCUGGUGAUUAGACUGUAAGAAUUGUGUCCUUGGAGUCAUUUUCUGCUCUCAGAUGCUUGAAAACAAAUGUACGCUUUGAAAUAAGAUAAACAUUACCUCGCACAUGUGCAUGCCAUAUAAUGUUUAAUCUUCCUAAUAAUGGUUAUUCUCUUACGGUUAUUUUCUGUUUCACUUUUAGUAUUAUUGUGACCAGUUACUUUUCUGGUGACAAGGUGAGUGGUUGAACAUUUUUAGAAAAACAAAGUGGUCUGGUCGUGACUGGAGAGUUUUCAGUGUAAUUUCCCUUCAGGUAGUAAAAAAAAAAAAAAGUAACAACUUACAUCAGUGUUAUAGUACAUGAUCACUUAAAUUAAUGAGCCUUAAAGGAAUAGUACACUCCAAACCAAUGUUUAAAAUAUUUAUGUAGCCUCAAAGGUGCUCUUCAGUCAUUCUACAAUAUCUGUUGAAUGGAUAGUAAUUAAGGGAAAUUUGCAUGAUCUACCUCAAAUUAAUGGAAAAGACUUGUUCAACCAAUGUUUUGAAUUUGAGUGACAAUAUGAUAUUGCUACAUUUAAUUAACCUCAUGGAUGUAAAGGCCCCUGAAGAGGACUAGCAAAGUUCUGCUAUCUGUAAUUUUUGCUUUUAAAUCGAUCUGUGGAUGCCGUAGAUCAAAAUGACUGCCAUUCAGCAAUAGCCCUAGUUCUCACGGAGUCUGGAGUAUUGCCACGUUCAUGUGCUAGUCAGACUUGUUGUAGCAGUACUGUUGCUGCAUUCAGCCAAUUUAGCAAUCCAGAAAUUUCAGAGUUUCCUAGUCGGGGAACUCCAAAUUUCAAAGUUCCCCCGACUGGCAUGUCAACAUCUCUUUGACCUUUGUGACUCAGGCUGUGAAAUCUGGCACCACUUUAAUUUGGGAUGUCCCGCCCACCAUUUCAUUAGCUCUUCCGACUGUCCAUUGUCUUCUGGCUGAAUUCUCCAUCGCCGCCGUUGACAAAGCACAUGCCUGAAAUCCUUAGAUCCUAGCACAGCAGAAGAGCGUGAUUUUGAUACACUAGCACAGGGAUGGGCAACUGGUGGCCCGUGGUUCAGUUUCAAUACAUUUUUAAUGUUAAAUUUGGGAACUCAGUCCGGGUCUCAAUUUACUGUUGAGAGUUAGAAUAGUAGAAUACACAGACAGGGUGCAGUUUCUCUCGUCAGUCACUCAAUUAGCCCAUGUCAACAUUCUUAUUUUAUUUUUUAGAUAGAUGGCCGCUAGACUAAUUUAUCAAUCAAAAUUUCUAGUAAUCAUGGUCGAAUUACUGACUGGGGGGCCCCAUUGAUUUUGUUAGUCACCCUUACUCAGAUAUAAGUUUAAAAACUGCAAAUAUUUCUCUUCGUCCCAAUGCAAAAUUAAUAUAAUUUUCAAAGUGAAUAUAAUAUUGCAAAAUCUUCUCUAUGCCCCAUGGAAAAAUGUGUAGAAUUAACCAAAAAAUUCCUGUCGGGGGGCAUCUUAAAAAGUUCUGCCCGUAAGGUGGGGGUGGGCACCCCCAACAAAAUUUCGCUUAUGGCCCCCAAAAGGAUCGGGCCAGCUGUGACGGCAUGUGUGGGUAUGAAUACCCACGAGCCACUGCGGCCCCUCAUGAUGACUUAGAUUUCUUUUGUGGCCCCCGCCCCCAUCAAAGGUGCCGAUCCCUUUGUAUUGUAAACUCUACUUCCUUUCUGUAAAUGUCAUUGUGCACUCAAAUAAUUGACUCCUGACAGUAUGUAAAUAGUUAUAUUGUAUGUUAGUGUCGUCAGGUCGGCUAGUAUUUGUAUCGUGAUCCUGCCUUGUGCGUUGUAUAUUGUGAAAUAAUAAAGAGUGCUGAUCCCUGCUCUAGCA